AUGGCAAUUUCUGAAGCAUUCUCCUUAAACCUACCAAUAGGCAAGCAGAGGAGUACCAUCAUUAAUGAAAGCAUCCUAUGGACACCUCCAGUCCCCUACCUCUUAAAUAAUGACCUUGACAUUAAUUCUAAAGGAGUCAUUCUGAGAGCAUUUGACCAGUUCAGAUUGAAAUCAUGCAUUGACUUCAAACCAAGGGACUCUGAGGACUAUUACAUUUCUGUCAAACAGUUAAAUGGCUCCAUUGGAAUAGGCUGUGGUUACAUUGGCAUUGUUGAACAUGAGUUCCUUCAUGCUCUUGGCUUCUACCAUGAACAGUCCAGAUAUGACAGAGAUGAUUAUGUGACGAUUAACUUUGAAAACAUCCUAGAAGGUUUGCAUAAUUUUAGAAUAGUCGGCAGUGAUGAGAGCACCAUCCACGGAGUCCCAUAUGACUAUUUGUCCGUGAUGCACUAUGGCAACAAUGAUUUCACCAAUGGCAAUGGAUCUACAAUUAUCACCAAAGACCCCAAAUUCCAGAAUCUUAUUGGUCAACGAGUGGAAAUGAGUACUAGUGAUGUUCAGGAGCUGAAUCUACUCUACAAAUGCAGCUCAUCCAUUGCCUUUAAGAUGUACUGUGGCUUUACUAAUGGGACCAUGUGUCAAAUGAACCGCUGUUCAAAGAGUGGCAAUGGCUGGGAAAUGGUAACUGGUGUUUAUGGUGGUCCCAGCUCAGACCACACCAAUCUACCCAGUGGAAAUGGUGGUCAAGGUCAGGAUGCAGGUUACUUCAUGUAUGCUAGCACAGAAUCAGGUCAGAAGGGAGACUCAGCCUGGCUGGAGACAAAGAGGAUGAGUCCCCAGAGGAAGUGUCGUGUCCAGUGUCUGCAGUUCUACUAUUACAACAAUGGGAGCCAGACAGAUGAACUUAACAUCUGGAUAAGAGAGUUUCAAGAUAAAUGGGACUCCACAGGAAGUCGCUACCUCAUGGGACAGAUCAGUGGUCCACCAACAUCUCGCUGGACUCUCCACCAUGUUCCUCUAAAUGCCACCAAGCAGUUCCAGGUGGAGUUUGAGGUUCGUAAAGGAGCAGGAAACUCUACAGGUGGCUUCUCUAUUGAUGACAUCAAUCUGUCAGAGCUUGAGUGUCCAGAUGGAACCUGGCAGAUUAAUAAUUUUGAGAGAUUUUGGAACAGUACUCAUACUCCGGCCCUGAUAUAUAGCCCACGCCAGUAUUCCAGUGAGGGCUAUGCUUACCGGGUAGCGUUAUAUCUCCGCCAGACAGAUUUUGGAGUAUAUGUGCAACUUGUCUCUGGUGUCUAUGAUGACCAGCUGCAAUGGCCUUGCCCACAAAGGCAAUUUACUGUCCAAAUGGUGGAUCAGAACCCCAACAUCCAGCUACAAAUGUCAAGGCAAACGAGUCUCACCACUGACCCAAAUCUGCUCACCUCCACUGGUGUACCUGCUUGGGGCAAACCUCGUGAUGUUGGAACUCAAAUUGUUGAUGAGAACAAUGAGACCAUCUAUGUUAAUAACCUGUAUGGUAGAUAUUUUGCAUCUUUGGAAGACAUCCAAUCCAGAGAUUACCUCAAAGGAGGGAGUGCCAUUUUUAUCUUCAGUGUACAAGAUCUCACACCUCUAGUUAAUGGAAGUUCACUGCCAUGUCCUCAAGUAAGAACAGUAAAAAUUACACAUCCUCCUGGAGACCAGGAUAAAGGAAACUGCUCAUCACAUAGCACUUUCUCUCCUGGUAUGAUGGCCUCUCCUGUCCUCACCGUCCUGCUAGCACUGAUGCUUUUGAUGCCUUGA